AUGGCCUUGGCCUCGGUGGCCUUCCUCCUCUUUCUAGGAGGAGGCGCGGCGGGCGCCGGCGCCGGGGCCGGUGGCGCCCGUCCGGGCGCGGGCGGACUCCUCGACAAAUUGAGCGGCGACGCGCCCGGCGGCAGCUGCCCCGGCGCGCCCUGCACCGGCGGCCCGGGCUCCAAAGCUUCGGCGGCCAACGUAUCAUUCAACAGGGCCCACUCGUUCGCCGCGAAGCAGUCCUCAAAAAUUUCAUCCAAAUCAACGGCGGCCGCCGCGCCGGCGAGGUCGCCGGUGCCGCCGAACAAAGGCGGUGUCGUGUCGGGGGGGUCCAUAACGGUGUUUUUUUUUUCGAUUUUGGGCGCGAUUCGACGGACGCCGCACACGUGGGUUCGGUGGUGGCGUGCGCGGGCGCGCGUGCCGCCCGCGGGGUGCUGCCGGGCGUUUUGCGCGGGCUUUCGUGCUGCCCGCCCGCUCGGCGCCGCUUGUGAAACCGCGGAGGCACUUGGCGGCACCUGCUGAAGAGCGGUGCUCCCGAGGCCGUGGACGCGAAGAUGGCAGGUGAGAUGCUCAGGUCAGCGCCGGAGGUCUUUUGCAAGGUCUUCCAGCAGUUCGCCGACGUUCUCGAGCCAACACGUUGCGAGCACGCGGCCCU